AUGGUUAGACUUACAUCCAUCCUGUCGGCCUCUUUGCUGGCCAUUGGGCUUGUGAACGCCAUUGGGCCAAAAGACAAUAUCACAGUCGUUUCGCAGAACUGCACAUGCGGCUUCAGAGAUCCCGAUUCCCAAGAAAUCUGGACGGACUCUAUUAUCGUCUACUUCAAUGAGACUCUCAUUGAUCCCGAGAUAUGGCGCCUUCCACAAUAUGCUCACAUCAAGGAACAAGGCUGGAACACCAUUUAUCGAGCUGGCGCCGACCCUUCUUUGGCCCUUGCCAACGACACCACCUUCGACAUGUAUUUGAAUCGCAGCGUGAAUGCCCUUGAGCUCCAGCUGGCCCCUUCCACUCAGGACCAUCUUGUGCUUGGUGCCAACCUUCAGACCUUGCGGAAAGACAUUCAGUACGGUGUUUUCGAGACUGCUAUGAAGCCGCCGUCUAAACAAUCCGCUGGAACUGCUUUAUCCAUGUUGAUGCGAUACAACUCCUCUGAAGGAUUCAACAUCGAUUUCAUGAACAUGGAUGAUCCCGCCGACGCCCGUAUCGCCCACCUGAUCAACGGCGAAUGGCCUUCCAACGAUACCAUCACGAAUUUCACCACCAUUGCGAAAGAUGGGAGCGGUCGCAAUCCAUUCAACACCUUCACGUUUGUGCGAGCCCUUUGGAACCAGACCGCCAUGUCGUUCUGGAUCAAUGACACCCAGACUCGUGCAGUGAACGAAGACAUCCGAUCGGUGCCGACCGCUGGGCAGUCUUUGGAGUUCCUGACGUGGAGUACUGGCGACGACACUUACAUGGAAGGGCCACCGCUCCGUGCCAGCACCUCAAGUCAUGUCCUUUUCGUGCGAGCCUUCUUCAACUCAUCUGUAAUGACUCAAAGCGACCAUGACGCUUGGGACAAGACUUGCGCUGGUAACCCGGUGACCCAAUGCUCGACAGACGAUAUCACCCUGCGAAACGCCACCCUGAUCAAUUCUGCCGCGUCUCUACUGCCAUGGGAAGAUCUUCCGGAGGAUGAUCGGAUCCACAAGAUGGCUGGCAUUGUUGCCUCCGUAUUCAGCGCCUUCGGCGUUGUCGCUCUGAUCAAUGCCUUCUUCCGACGUGUGCCCUGGAGCAAGCUCAGCUCGAAGAGCCGAAAAGCCAAGCGUGACAAGAAACUCCGGCGUUCCGUCCGACAGUCAUUCCACGCUGGCGACGCCGAUCAAAGCAUCACUUCAUCCGAGGACGCGCCCGAACUCCCCCGUUUCCCAGAUGGUUUUACCAGAAGUUCGGGUAUCCAGACACCUCUUCCCGUCUACGGCGACCGCUCCGGCACACAGACUCCAGCACCGCCGUACGAAGGCAGCAUGCGUGAAGGUCUCUCCCGCACCGCCAGCAUUAGCAGCGCAUACCGCGCCCUGACCUCGCCAACCCCAUACGAUGGCAUGACGAGUGGCAGAAACAGUGAUGAGAAGGAUUUCAAGGGAUUGGAUAUCAUUGAUGAGGCACCGUGGGCCGAGGCGAGAGCGCGCUCAAGCGGCGUCUACUACAAGUCUGACGAGAAGCUUACUCUUGACGAGAAGCUUGCGUUCGACCAGCCGGAGGUUGUCAACACGCCUACCUCACCUGCGAUGACGGUGACUGAAAAGGGCAAGCGCGCAUCGAUUACCGUGCAGCCCGUCGAUGAGACGCCCGCAAAGCCUGUUGAAGAAGUGGUCACGGCCGAGUCACUGCCUGCAGUCGUGAAACAUGCACACGCGGCGAAGCCGGGACCGACGAAGCGAAUCGAUUAUUUGGCCGGUUUGGUGGCUGUGGCAUGUAUUGGUGUCACCCUUCACCAUUGGUGUCAAACCUUCUGGCCGUGGAUCACCGAGGGCUACGGCAACACCGCACAUUACCCUGAGGCCGAGAGAUGGCUGUCUAUCUUCAUCGGUAGCUACGCUUUGACGCAACUCUGGAUUGGUCCCUUCUUCUUGACCGCCACUCGUUUCCUUUCAACCAACUUCUUGAAAAAUGGCAACCUCGAGGACAUUGCCAAGAAGAUGCUGCGUCGUGCACCGCGUCUGUUCGUCCCGAUCAUCAUCACCUCGUUAUUGCAAUUCUUCCUGCUCUCGCUCGAUCUGCAGCAUUUCCUGCUUUGGAGUCCCUCGAUCACUUGGUCUGACUGGCCAUAUGUCGUCCCUCAGGGCAACUUCGCCCAAUGGAUGAACAACAUGUUCGAGUUAGGCUACCUUUACCCCGGCGCUGUUCCGGAGAUCGUUCCUCACUACUGUAUCGGUGUCCUGUGGACUGUGCCCGUGCAGCUCCAGAUGACUUACGUUGUGCUGAUGGCUGCGGUUUUGAUCCGCAACGUCAAGACUCCGUGGAAGCGAUUCGCUUUCUAUGCCGCGAUGAUCGUUGCCGGCUGGUACGCAAGGAGCUGGGCCGCGUGCCACUGGGCUGGUCUUAUUCUCUCCGAUCUGGAAGCCACAUACAAGUGGCGGGCAUACCUCAAGACUCGCCCCGUCAAGUACUACCUCGUCAUCGCGGUGGCUUUCAUCGGCGCUGCUGGUACUCCUCUGUCUGCAGUCUUCAACCAAACCUGGUCAUUCCCCACUUUCGAGAACAGUUUGCACCCAGACAUCGAGAGCGGCAAGUCCAUCGCGCAGAUCGCCCCAGAGUACCCCGAUUACUUUGAGCCGACCCUCACCAUCAUCACCUUCUCCAUUGGCCUGCAGAUUCUCGUCGAGCUUUCCACCUGGGUGCAAGCCUUCCUCUCGACUCCGCUUGUGCUCUGGCUACACCCUCACAUCAUGACCAUCUACCUUACCCACGGUUUCGUCAUGUGGACGUGGGGCGCUUUCAUCGCCGUCAAAAUGAACGACGCGGGCGCACCCUACUGGGCGAAUAUCAUCGUCAACCUUGUUACCACGUACGCGAUGAUUUUCCUUCUCGCCAGCGUGCUCACGCCUCUCAUGGAGGUGCCUACACAAGGUGCCCUCCGCAUGAUCGACCGCUGGACUAUGAAAGAGCCCAUGCCGAAGCGACCCAUGACUGCGCCUUUCUCCAAGGCGCUGGUCCUCGAGCGACAAGAGGAGCAGUCACCAGAAGAGACACGGGAAGUAUGA